CACCUGGAGACUUCCGCUUUUAACAUUCUCCUUUGGUAUCGCGUAUCGUCACUUUUACUACCAGCACAAAAGUGCACGGUGAGUUUUGACACCGAAAAGGCCACUAUCUUUACCUUAAAUCCAGCUGUACAAUGUAGGCCAGUGUCGACCUGGUGGUAAGACCGAACAGCAGCGACAAGAAAGCGACAGCCUGGGAAACGGGACGAGUCAUUACACUAAAUGUCGAAAAACGUUUGACGUCAUCUGCAAGAAAAACAUGGAAAGAAUCAUCUCUGGAUUAGGACAAUCGAACAUCAGUGACAAAGUAAUCGAAGACACUGAAAGAUUAUGCAGAGACAAGCUACAGGAGGGCUGCCGGGCCCUACAGACAGGAGACCUGGACACGGCAGAACAGCACUUUGCAGCUGCACUGAAGUCUGUUCAUGUCAAAGAUUCAAAAGCAGACCUACACAAAAGAGAGACAGAGCCCCUACAUAUGUUGGGACAUGUCUACCUGAAGAAAGGAUUGUUAUCAAGAGACGGGGAAGAUUUUACUAAGGCUGCAGCACUCUGUAAUGCAGCACUGGUGAGAUCGAGGACAGACGAAAUAAAUGAAACAAUUCAAGAAAUAACCCAAUCAUUUGUUAAGCACGUGCUGAAUGUUGACCUGACGGGAGACACAAGUGAGGUAGAAAAACACAAAUUCUCGUUGAAUGCCGAUCGUGACUAUGUAGAGGAGGAAUUAAUGAGAAUAGAACAACAUAUAGAUCCUUAUAGCAUUGAUGAUGGUGACCCAAAGAUAAGAGAAGUUGAGGAAAGCAGGGCAGAAGCAACCAAGCAGUUGCUUCAUGCAAUAGUUGGACAGCGACGGAAAUUCCUCGCUGACCUUGUAGAUGAGUGUAUAGAGGUAAUGGGCCCCCUUCCCUGUAAGUACGCCAUGAUGGGCCUGGGUUCACAGGCCACAGGGUUAGUAACCCCGUACUCUGAUCUGGAGUUUGCCAUCCUGGUAGAGGAGGAAACAGAGAACAAUGUUAAAUAUUUCCGUAAUCUAACUCAUUAUCUACAUCUCAAAGUCAUCAAUCUGGGAGAAACCAUUCUCCCAGCAAUGGCGAUUAAGUCACUGAAUGAUUUUUGCUCUGAAGACCCACUGGAUAACUGGUAUUACGAUUCUGUAACACCCCGUGGGUUCUCAUUCGAUGGAGCCAUGCCAAAUGCUUGUAAGACUCCCCUGGGCAGGGGGAAAACUUUUGAACUUAUUCACACACCAAGCAACAUGGUUAAGCUUGUAGAGGAGAAUUUAACCUCAGAUUUGAAGAAAGACUACCAUCUUGCCAGUGUAUUGGGAAAUGUUUCUUUAAUCAAAGGAGAGCAGACAUUGAUCGAAGAAUACACAGCUACAUGGACUCAGAGACUUCAAGGAAAUGACGGAAUACUUUCAUAUAUCAUAGCACGCAUUAUUCUGAAUGAUAAUGCACAAACGUUCGAAAGGCAAGUUCCCACUGCAAAACUCUUGGACGUAAAGAAAGAAAUGUAUCGAUUUUCAAGUCUUGCAGUGUUGUGCUGGGCGCUAGUUCAUAACAUACAACCGACCACAAUCUGGGAGACCAUUGAUAAAUUGUAUGAGAACGAUGUAAUCAAUAGUGAGAAUGCACAUCACUUGAAGGUGCUGGUCAGCAUCUCAGCAGAACUGAGAUUGCGGACAUACAUGUGCAAUGGUGGUCAAGCGGAAAACAUGUCAGCUCUUUCGUCAACGUUCACUGAUAUAGACGAUGAGAGGACACUCAAAAAGAUCUUUCACUUCUCAAACACAAAACAGCUCUUGAGAUACUAUUACACAGCGAUACCACUAAAGAACUCUAUGUCCCGAAUUUCCAAUAAUCAUUCGGCCAUGGAAAAUAGCACUACUCUAUUUGACGAUUCGCUGAGAACAAAAGCAGAGGUAUACAAGAGUGUCUGUGAUUACAAACAAAUGAAGACAUGCUCAGAGCAGGAGCUACAAAAUAAGAUAUCUGAACAUGGUGAGGGCACUGCACAUCCUGACAUUGCGGAAGCACUUAACAACGUGGGUAUGGCCUGGGGAGACAUCGGUGAUACCAGACAUGCAGUCGCGUAUUUAGAGCAGUCGCAACAGAUGUUCCAGUGUAUCUAUGGUGAGGGUACCGCACAUCCUGAUAUUGUGUCAUCACUUACAAACUUAGGUGUGGCCUUAACUAAACAUAAUGAUCACAUAAGUGCCGUCAGGUACUUUGAACAGGCACUGAAGAUGACGCAGAGUAUUUAUGGUGAGGGCACUUCACAUCCUGAUAUUGCCAAUUCACUUAACAAUCUGAGUUGUGCCUGGAGUACCCUUGGUGAUCACAGAAAGGCCGUCAGCUACUCUGAACAGGCUUUACAGAUGAGACAGACUAUCCAUGAUGCUGCACAUCCUGACAUCGCCUCGUCACUCAGCAACAUGGGUAAUGCCUGGAACGAGCUCGGUGAUUACAGAAAGGCCGUCAGCUUCUAUGAACAGUCACUCCAGAUGCGGUGGAGUAUUUAUGGUGUUAGCAGUGUACAUCCAGACAUUGCCGACUCGCUUAACAACUUAGGUGCCACCUUUAGCAACCUUGGCGACUACAGAAAGUCCAUUAUCUAUUUGGAACAGUCAUUACGGAUGAAGCAGAGUAUUCAUGGGGAGAACACUGCACACCCCAAAAUUGCCACGGCACUUAGCAGCAUGGCUAGUGUCUUUGACGAUCUUGGAGAUCACACAAAUGCCGUCAGCUAUCACGAACAAUCACUUCACAUGAUGCGCAAUAUCUAUGGUGAGGGAACUGCACAUGAUGACAUUGCCAAUUCCUUGAACAACUUGGGUAAUACCUGGAUGAAUCUUGAUGAUCACAACAUGGCCAUCAGCUACCUUGAACAGUCUUUAAAGAUGAGGCAGGUGCUCUUUGGCGAAAGUACUGCUCAUCCUGGUAUUGCUGCAUCACUAAACAACUUAGGAAUUGCCUGGAGACACCUUGGUGAAAACAGAAAGGCCGCUGGGUAUCAAGAACAUGCACUUCAAAUGAUGCAGACCUUAUAUGGCAGAAACAGUGCACACCCUUCCAUUUCCAAAGCACUCGGCAAUUUGGGUCGCAUCUACAAUGACCUAGGCGAUCACAAAAAGGCCAUCAGCUAUUUUGAAAAGGCUAUGUUGAUAAAGCAAGUCAUGAUUGGUGAAACAACUGCACAUCCUGACCUUGCUGUGGCACUUGACAACUUGGGCGACGCUUGUAGUGACCUAGGCGAUUACAAAAGGGCUGCCAGUUACCAUGAGAGAGCUCUGCAGAUGAAGUGGGAUGUUUAUGGCAAGAAGACUACGAAUGCAGACAUUGCCGCUUCACUUUGCAAUUUGGGUGCUGCCUUAAACGAAUGUGAAGAAAAUGAAAAUUCCAUUAGCUAUUUAGAGCAGGCACUGCAGAUGAUGCAAAACAUCUAUGGUGAAAGUCCUGGGCACCCAGACAUUGCCACGGCACUCAACAACUUGGGCAACGCCUAUAGCGGCCUCGGAGAUUACAGCAUGGCAAUUGUAUACCAUGACCAAUCACUACAGAUGAGACGGGGUGUAUAUGGUACGGGUAUUGCACAUCCAGACAUUGCUGUGUCACUUAACAACUUGGGUAAUGCCAUAGGGAAGCUUGGUGAUCAUGAAACAGCUGUCAGCUAUUUGGAACAGUCACUACAGAUAAUGCGUACAGUCCAUAAUAAGAGCAACGUACACCCCCAAGUUGCUGCAUUACUUUAUAACCUGGGUAGCGCCUGCAAUGACCUUGGUGAUCACAAAAAGGCCGUUAUCUAUUAUGAAGAAUCAUUACAGAUGAGCCAGAGCAUUCAUGGCGAAGGGAAUGUACACCCGGAUAUUGCCAAAUCCCUACAUGGCUUGAGUAAAACAUGGUGUGAAAUUGGAGAUCACAGAAAGGCGGUCAUCUAUGGAGAACAGUCUCUUCAGAUGAAGCGUGAAAUCUAUGGUGAGAUCACUGCACACCCAGGUAUAGCGGCCUCGCUUAACGACUUGGGUAACUACUACCAUGCCAUAAAUGAUCUCACAAAUGCCGUUAUGUAUCACGAACAGUCCCUACAGAUGAAACGGCGCAUCUACGGCGAGGGCACUCAGGACCUUGAUAUUGCCGCGUCCCUUGAUAAUUUGGGUAAUGCCUUUCUUAUCCUUGGUGAUGGUCAAAAUGCCAUCAGCAACUAUGAACAGUCACUACAGAUGAGACGGAUCAUCCAUGGUGAGGACCAUGUGCAACCUGACAUUGCCGCAUCGCUUUACAAUGUGGGAAAUGCCUGCAGGAGCCUUCAUGAGUACAAAAAGGCUGUGAGCUAUUAUGAACAGUCAUUAGAAGUGGCACAAGCUAUAUAUGGGGAAGCUACAGCACAUCCUUUCAUUAUCGGUAUACUCUGCAACUUGAGUAAAGCCUGGAGGGGCCUUGGUGAUGACGUUAAGGCUACCAGCUAUCACGAACAGUCACUGCAGAUAAAACAGGGUAGUUCUGACGGUGAUGCAUGCAUUCUGAGCUAGAAGUCCAUUAUGAUGAUUAAAAUGCUGGCUCCUUUAGAUGUACUCUUGGCCAUGACGGUUCAGAUCAUAAUGGUGAUGGCGAUAGCGGUGUAGAAAUCGUGCAGAAAUUGCUCAGAUGCACUCGAGGGAGCCCCACCACUAACCACUACUGUCAUGUCUAUACAAGGAUGACCAGUAGUUCAUAUGGGGCCAGGGGUCGUGCUACGUGAACCUAAAUAAAUGAUUUUAGCUCUCGCCCAAAUACUGAGACUAUCGAUAUUGACUCAUCCUUACAAGUUACGGUGAUCGAGAGGACACCUGCUGUAUAUGUGCUGCCGUAUAUCCCCAUUUGAGCAUGUAGGCUGCUUAUUGAGUGAACUAUUUUUCUGAUGUACAUGUAAGAUGCCGGCAUAAUUAUCCUCUUGAAUACAAGCAGGAUGGACUCUGUGUUUAUAUAGUAGAAGCUGUAAGGUGUUUUGCUUGUCACAAAAGCUCACUAGUCGACCACUUAAAGACAGGGACUAUCACCUUUAGUUUAUGCCUUGGAAGGAAAGAGAGAACACUGUGCCUAUUCAUGAAACACUUUGUAAGUUGGUACUUUUGCCUUAAAUCUAAAUGUGUUACAUAAUUAACAUAGAAAACACCAGAUGUCUUUGUAUGUUUGUUCUGUCAGAAAUGCAUAUUACAGGAUUAAAACUACAUGUAACGUUACAAAUAAGUGUAAGCAAUUCAAGAAAAGAAUUGGCAUAUACUAAAAGACCAUACAAAAGUCCCUGUACUUUUUGUUGAGUCAAUAAAGAAUCUUGUAAAUUUUUGCUUUUUUGCUCUUCAGAAAAUGUUACAGGUUUGGAACAUGUCUUUCAAACACAAUCACAGUCUACCUCUUUUCAAAUUUUCAACUAAGUAUUCCAACUUUGUCUGGUAUAUAUCAUACUAUACAGAAUAUUUAUACCAGGCUGACGAUUGAAAAUUUGGUAGGUGAAAUGUGAUAGUGUUUGAAAGACAGCUCAAACCACUUCUAACAUUAAUGAUGUUUACUGGUGUAUUAAGCCGCGUUGCUUUCUGCUUAUAAUGCUUUUCUAAAAUGGUUGCAAGUGCAAAGUUGAUAGAAACUCUCCUACGGCCACAUCCACCUGACAUUUAAAUAGGCAAAUCCAAAUUUAAGCCAAAGACUCUCUCCCAAAUGAGUUUUGCUACAUAACCUCUAUAAUCAUGAAAAAUUGAAUAACUCGCAUUUUUUGGCAAAAU